AUGAACGAUGUGAGACACGUGUGCACGGUGUUGGGGUUUGCCCUGCGGACGAAAGUGGUGCGCGCCCAAGGCGAGGAGGAGACGUUGCCGGCUGAGUAUCCAGUCGGUUUACGGCGUGUGCCGCACAUUUGUAGGUUGUUGGAUCGAUCGUGUUCGACGCCGUGUGCGGCAGUGUCUGAGAAGUUAUCAUUGCCCUACUUUUAUGUGACUUCGAACAACCAAUGUUGUUAUGGCCAACAUCACCCGGCGGGGAUCGGUACGGGUGAGGGUCCGAGCAUUGCCAAGUCAGCAACGGGUCAAUCGCCGGUAUGGAGACUGAAAACGGAGCAUCAUACUACCACACAUCUGGUUUUAAUGUGGAAUUUGCCUGCUCAUUAUGUCGAAGUGUUUGGGACCUUCACGCAACCCCCAUGGUCUCGAGGUUUGCCAAUGUGGUGGUGUCCUGUAUCCCGUUGUCACUGGAUAGAUUUACACGAGACUGUACCUGGUCUAAGUGGGUUAAUGCAGUUCAAAUUUGUUGCUGAUGGCUCAUGGAAAUGUGACCCGAACUACCCCAUUUGCGAUGACGGUAGUCCCAGUCACUCCCUCAACAAUGUCUGUGUUAUUUUCCCGCAGCGACUUCGUCUCCGUUUGUCAAAUCAACGUCUACGACGACGUCAAAGUGUUUCCAGCAACCGACUCAACACUACCCGACUUAGUACCAGUUGGGUCUGUGGCGUUAACAGUCCCAAACAGGCUACACCGAGGCACGGACGACAACUGAUUCGUAACGAGGAUGACAAGAGUCGGCCACGUCGCGCCAAUAUUGCCCGAGAAGCGUCCACCGCUCAGCCGAAUGAACUCUGCUCGAAACCCGCUUGGGCCCGGUUUGAAGCCGCCGGUACCCCGCUCAGCUCCUCACCCACGACCAAGGCGUUCGAAGAAAAAAGGGCCGGUAAACGCUCACCUACCAUCAGCGGUACCGGUGCCGCCACCUCCCAGGCCUGUCGUCGCUGGCUUAUUCGACAAGCCCAACAGGAACAGGACGGCCGCGAAGACUACCGCGCGGCCGGCCUACUCGGCUCCGAGGUCUCCACCUCGGCUACCUCCGUGGCCGCAGAUGAGGUCGCUGAUCUCAAAACCGACUUGAGCAGGACCGGGGCCCACACCGGAACCGCCACAACCCAUUCGAUGACGACAGGGGGGACGACAGGGGGGUCGUCCGACGGUAUGUCGCUUGAUGGAGCCACCCUCGGGGAGAUGCAGGUGGCGAACGUUGGCCAACAAGUGGCAACGGUGGGUCAACAAGUGGCGAGGGUGGGCCAGCAAGUAGCGACGGUGGGUCAACAAGUGGCGACGGUGCGUGAACAAGCAGCUACGGUGGGUCACCAAGUAGCUACGGUGGGUCAACAAGUAGCUACGGUGGGUCAACAAGUAGCUACGGUGGGUCAACAAGUAGCUACGGUGGGUCAACAAGUAGCUACGGUGGGUCAACAAGUAGCUACCGUUGGUCAGCGGAGUUCCAGGAACGAGGCGCGCCGGCGCGAGAAGCAGAAACACCUGGACACGCUGGUUCGUUGCUUAAGUCACCACGGGGGGAGGCGGCAACAGAAGAGUGGUAUCGACAAGAGGCGGAGUCGUGUAGCCAAUUGGCCAAGUUACGUGACGAGUUUACUACAUGAUCCCGAUGUUAUGCUGGAAUUAUUCGACUUGCCGAAGGUUCUCAAGUUGACGAAUGAGUAUCUGUGUUUGCGUGCUGGGUGGUCGAUGACGACGCACCCGGAGAAAAGGAUGACGGGUGGUGCAGACUCUUUUUACGUGUCUCGGGAUGGGCGUGUGCUAGCUCUGGCAGAUGGAGUAGGAGCAUGGGAGCAGUUGGGUGUGAACUCUCGUGCUUACGCAGAUGAGUUGGUAACGGCGAUCAAGGACGUUUGGGAGGAUGCAUACCACUCAAUCCAUUCGUUGCAUCUGAAGCCGAGUCUGUUAGCGCGGGAGUUGAUGACAUUGGCGGCGAAGGCCCCUGUCAGUUACGGCUCGGCGACUUGCACUAUCGCAGUUUUCGACCCGAUGCGGCAGGAGCUGGGAAUCUGCAAUUUGGGAGACUCUGGCGUUAGCUUAUUACGUCGGAAUAACAAGGGCCACAUCACGCCGUACUUCCGGACCCCGGAGAUGACGCACUUCUUCAAUUGCCCGUUCCAGCUCUCGAAAACCCCCUCGCGUAAAGUGAUUGAAAAGAUCCUAGGACUCAAAAAUAUAGAGAACGGAAAGGGCUUCGUCCUGCCCGCCCAAGACGCUCCUAAACAUGCGCACUGCUUCGAUCUACGGGUAGAAGAAGGCGACCUACUCCUCAUGGCCAGCGACGGCCUCUGGGACAACCUCUGGCCAUGGGAGAUCAGCUCGCUCUGCACACUCACACUCACCCCGCUCGAAGCCCUCAUCCUGCACGAUGAUACGCUCCUCACAGAAGGAACUGAUAUCGCACGUGCUCUCACGGAAGCGGCAAGCUGGAAAUCCCAGGAUCCGCGUUCCAGCACACCAUUCGCCAAAAACUACACGGCAGAGUGCGGCAUGCCCGGAUUCACCGGCGGCAAGUGGGACGACAUUACCGUCAUCGCAGCCUGGGUCGCCAGACAUCAUAUCUCCACCACCGAGAUCUACGGCUACGACGGCGAACUCAUCGCCAAGGCCUCGCCCCUCCAAUCCGUCAACACGCCACACGUAAGGCUCCACCCGACCCACCCCGAACGUUACGCCGCAAACAUACCCGAAUGUAAUGGCUUGACAAUGUACUUCUGGUUGGAUAUGAUCGGUGGACACGGCCACUUGCUUGCCGUGGCUUCACUUGGUUGCCGUCCCUGUGAUUACUGA